CAGCCGACAACGCUCUCGAGGCACUCUCCAUGGCACCGAAGAAAAAAAUUGAGGGGGCGCAGCUAAUGGCUCUACCUCCAGAUGUCCCAGAGGUCAUCCACGUUGUCUGCAACAACAAUUUUGGGCACUUCGUGGUGCGGACUAAGACUGUGGUAGACCGCAACUGGCAUGAGCAUCCCGUGGCAAAGUUUACUACAGCAUGUGGCAAGUCUCACCAGACGUGGAAGCAUCAUGUCUCGGUGGCAGCUGUGGGGCGUGAGGCAGGCCUGACAAUGAACGAUUGGCUGGCCACAAAGGGGUUGACGAAAGAACUGCUGGACGAUCUGUCGAAGAACGCACAUCAGUGCGGAUGGGAAAGACCACGGCUGUCUGGAGAGAUGGGCCGCUUCCUAGUGAGCCUGAAGACCAAACGCAUUGCACAGAUGAACACAACUGCACAUGCUGAGGCAUCCAGAGAAGCAGGCGAGAGUGGAGUGGACAAAGCAAGUGGCAAUGAUCAGAGUGAAGGAGGUGUGACUGCCAGCAUCAGGGCCUUGGGGUCUGAUGAUGAGGAAAGAGACGAAGACAGCAGCGAAGUGCUUCACACAAAUACCCGGACGCCCAACGUUAGCAUUGCACAGGGGCGUGGUGACGACACAGCAAUGGCAAAGGGGGGCCACCAGCCGUUCGACCAGGCAGCCUUGGGCCCUGGCGGCAAACUGCGCAGCCCACGCCGGAAGCAGGGCUCGCUCAAUCUCCUCUCCGGCACACCCACCAAAAUCUCUGACGCUCCCGCCGCACCCACCCGGCCCCGCAUCCUGGGCUUGCCCUGCGGACAGCGGUCCCCAGCUGCCUCGCGGGCAGCACGCUCCCCGGCAGCGGUGCCUCGGGCGCAGGUGGCCAACCCACUCAGUCAGAAGCAGAACCAGCAGCAGCCAGAAAGGGAACCGCUAACCACAGAGCCGCCCCCACAGCCGGUGGGUGCCGCUCCAAUGGCGCCCCCCGCGCCACAGGAGGCUCCGGCCGAGCCCAGCCCAGCCGCGCAGGAGCCGUGGGCCAACAUACCCCUGCCGGAGGUCUUUGAUUGCUCGCCGCUGCAGAUGAUGCAGGAGGCUCUCCAGCAGCCCAUGCCGCCUGCCGCCCCUGCCCCUGCAGCAGCGACCGUGGAGGCAGCCAGCCCUGCUCAAGUGCGCGCACUGCCACAAACCACCCCGCAGAUCCACCAAGACAACGGCGCUGCCGCGGGGUGUAACAACCCCUGGUCGUGGGUCGCAGCCGCCGCGCAUCCGGGGCAGCAAUUUGCUGCCAACGCCCCUCCCGCACCACCGGCAGAGCCCGGCGCACGUGCUGGUACCGGCGGUGGGCAGACGGCCGCAGCGGCACACAGCGCUGUGUCUGGGCCGGCUCUGCAGGGCGCGCUGGCCAUGGUGGACGGCCUAGUCAGCGAGGCUCAGGAGCACAGCACGGGUGCGAGCCAGGAGCCCCCGCAGGCGGCUGCUCCGGCUGUGUCCUCCCCUAUGCGGCAGCCUGGACAGCCGCAGUCUGCCCCCGCCAAGGCCGCCCCAUCUCCGACAACAGCCACCGUCAAGCCGGGCAGCGCAUCUGUGCCGGUAGUUCCAGACAAUUGCAGGUCAGAUGCUCCUGUGGCCGGCGACUCGCCAGCUGCGCAGCCGGUUCCUGUUGGGGGCCCAGUCGGUGCAAGCGCUCAGGGAAUAGACGCUGCAAGCAUGGGCCAGGAAAGGGCGCCCCAAGCGGAAAAGGCCGGCGGAGCUGACAACCAGGGUGCAACUGGAGCUGACAACGGAGCGGAGGCAGCCGGCCCUGCAGUGCACACACCCAAGGUGGCGCCUAUUGCGGGCGCGAUGAACAAAGCAGGCAGUGGGGAUGCUGCCAUGCAGGACAGCACAGACCCAGCCAAGCUCUGCCGCCUGAAGCGCUCCAGCACAGCUGCCAACCUGCCAACUGAGGCCCUGGGCGUCUUCUCGAAGCGGCUCAAGUCCGAGGCUGCCGCCAGGAAGACUGCGGUGGCAGACAAGCUUGCUGCGCAGAGGGAGCUGGCUGCUGUCAGGGCAACCAUGCGCGCUGUGGAGAACGAGCGCGACAGCGCGAAUUCCUCUGCCAAGGCAGCGAAGGAGGGCGUCGAAGCCAAGGAGAAGCAGCUGGCGGAGCUGCAGGCGCAGCUGAUGGCUGCAGAGGAAGCUGCAGCCACGCACAAGAAGCAGGCGCUGGCGACCAGGGGGGAGCUCUUCUCCAUCCGCACCUCCACCAAGAAGACCGAGAAGACACUGACCGAGGAGAACAACAAGAUGAAGGGCGAGCUGGCGCAUGUGAAGUCCCUCAAUGAGACCAUCCGCACCUCCUCCCAGAACGUCCGCGUCCAGCUGGAGACUGCCAAGAAGGAGGCAGCGGCGGCGAAGGAGGCUGCUGGCAAGGAGGUACAGGCAGCCAUGGAGAAGCAGGAUGCACUUGUCAAGGAUCUGGAAGCUGCCAGGGAGCGCGAGGCAGAAGCCACGCGACAGCUGGAAGCUGCCAAGGAGGGCGAGGCGGAAGCCAAGGGGCAGCUGGAGGCUGCCAACGAGCGCGAGGCAGAAGCCAAGCGGCAGCUGGAGGCUGCUGUGAAGGAGGCAGAGGAGGCGCGCAGGGAGCGCGAUGCAGCCAAGGAGAAGCAGGUGGCAGCUACCAGGGAGCUGGAAGCUUCCAAGCUAGCGGCCUACAAGGAGAAGGCUUCCACAAAUGCGGAUACCAUGGGCCUCAAGGCGCAGCUGGAGGGAGCAAAGAAGCGCGAGGCGGAAGCCAAGGCGCAGCUGGAACGGCAGAGCAAGGAAGCUGACGGAAAGCUGGCCGCAGCUGCAGCUAGGGCAGCUGAUGAGGCUCACAAGGCCAAAGCGGCUGCUGAGGAGAUCGCACGGCUCAAGACACACUUGCAGAACCUGCAGCUCAAGUACAACAACACCACAAAUUUGCACAGGGAAACACAUGAGGAGAGCCUGCGGCUGCAGAAGGAGCUGGCUGAGUCACUGCGCAAGGAGGCCAACAUGCAGGCCGAGGCAUCUGAUGCGGCCACAAGACACAAGACAGCUGUGCAGCAAGCCAAGCGCCAAGAGGAGGCCCUCAAAUCCCAGGUGGCAGAGGUAGAGUCCAAGCUGGGCCUGGCAGUGGCGGCGGCGGCAGCAGCGGCGGCUGCCAAGGAGGAGGCUGCAAGGCAGAGCAGUAGUGAGCUGGCAGCGCUGAGGGCCAGCCACGCAGCCCAGCUGCAGGAGGCCCAGCAGGCCAUCCAGCGCGCAAAGGCAGAGAUCCAAGCCACCUACGAGGCGGAUGUGGAGGCCAUCAGGGAGCAGGUUGCACUGGAGAUGCGUGCGGCGAUUGAGAAGGAGGUGUACACUGCCCUCGACAUGUACCCUGCUGAUGACCUGGGCGAGGAGGAGGAGGAGGAGCAGGACCUGGGAGAGCAGCACAAUGUGGAUCAGCACUCGAAUGCGGCAGGUGAGGCAGCCGCGGGGGAGGCGGCAGCCUACAAAGGCAGCGGCAAUGGGCCCGUGGACAACAGCCCCAAUAAGGCCAGCACCUGCUCCGGCCAGACCUGCCACGACCAGCCCUCCUGGGCAGAGCAAUCCCCGCAGCCCUCCCCCGAGCGAGCCCCGCCGCCGCCGCCGGGCCAGCCGCAGCCGCAGCCGCAGCAGUCGGCGCCGGACCAAGAUCCUGGCAGCAGCGGCAAGGAGCGCGCGUCGGGCCCGGGAAACAGCGUCGCGGCGCCGGCCGAUUCCAGCAGCGCGCAUGAAAGGGCAAGUAACAACAGCGGCAGCGUGGUGGCGCGUGGGCCGGCCGUCGGCAGCCCGGGCGGCUCGGGCGCGAGCAGGGUCCGCAAACGCGGCCGCCCCGUAAAGGUCGUCAAGUCCACUCCCGCCUCCGGCGCCGUCUGCCCCCUGGAAUUCCCGUGCCCCAAGCGACAGGCUGUCAGCGCUACCACAGGCCACACCCUGAGUGCUCACGGCAAGGAUCAUGGCGUGGAUGUGGAGCAGGAUGCGCGGCUGCUGGGGGCGCUGAUGCGGUGUAAGGAUGCCAGGAACGAGCACGGCCGGGCCAGCCCCCCCGCGGAGCCGGCUCCUGCGAAUCAUAGCCUGGCCGACGCCGUGCAGCAGAUCAGGCAAAUGGCGCUGCUGCUGGGCAGCCCCAACUGCGCCAAUGUCGCUGCAUAG